UGUGGAGGCGGGGUGGUCGGGGGGCCCCGGGGGGGCCGGGGCCGAGCAGCCGCCCGGACACAUGUCGAGGCUCCGCGGCGGAGACAUGAGAGCUGCCGCUGCCGAGCUCCGCACCUCCCCGCUCCCUCACUGAGCUCCUGGCCCAGCCAUGUUCGGCACAGAGUCCUCAUUAAGCAUGUUUCUCAACACCCUGACGCCCAAGUUCUACGUGGCCCUGACCGGCACCUCGUCCCUCAUAUCCGGACUCAUAUUGAUCUUCGAGUGGUGGUACUUCAGGAAAUAUGGGACGUCCUUCAUCGAGCAGGUGUCCGUGAGCCACCUGCGCCCCCUGCUGGGCGGAGUGGACAGCAGCGCUCCCAGCAGCUCCAACACCAGCAACGGAGAGGCCGACUCCAGCCGGCAAAGUGUCUCUGAAUGUAAAGUGUGGAGAAAUCCGCUCAACUUAUUUCGUGGAGCUGAAUAUAAUCGUUAUACGUGGGUAACGGGUCGAGAGCCGCUGACCUACUACGACAUGAACCUGUCGGCGCAGGACCACCAAACCUUCUUCACCUGCGACUCGGACCACCUGCGGCCCGCAGACGCCAUCAUGCAGAAGGCGUGGAGGGAAAGGAACCCACAGGCUCGAAUCUCAGCAGCACACGACGCCCUGGAGCUGGAAGACUGCGCGACGGCGUACAUCCUCCUGGCCGAGGAGGAGGCCACCACCAUCAUGGAGGCGGAGCGGCUAUUUAAACAGGCGCUGAAGGCUGGCGAGGGCUGCUACCGCCGCAGCCAGCAGCUGCAGCACCACGGUACACAGUACGAAGCCCAGCACAGAAGAGACACCAACGUGCUGGUGUAUAUAAAGAGGAGGCUGGCCAUGUGCUCCAGAAAGCUGGGCCGGACACGAGAGGCAGUUAAAAUGAUGAGAGAUUUAAUGAAGGAGUUCCCUCUCCUCAGUAUGUUCAACAUCCACGAGAACCUGCUGGAGUCGCUGCUGGAGCUCCAGAACUACGCCGACGUCCAGGCGGUUCUGGCCAAGUACGACGAUAUUAGUUUACCCAAAUCUGCAACAAUAUGCUACACAGCAGCCUUGCUCAAAGCCAGGGCGGUGUCAGACAAGUUUUCUCCAGAGGCGGCGUCCAGGAGGGGGCUGAGCACAGCAGAGAUGAACGCAGUAGAAGCCAUCCACAGAGCGGUGGAGUUCAACCCCCACGUGCCCAAAUAUUUGCUGGAGAUGAAGAGUCUGAUUCUUCCUCCAGAACACAUUCUGAAGAGAGGCGACAGCGAGGCCAUCGCCUACGCCUUCUUCCACCUGCAGCACUGGAAGAGGGUGGAGGGGGCGCUCAACCUGCUGCACUGCACGUGGGAGGGCACGUUCAGGAUGAUCCCGUAUCCGCUGGAGAAAGGUCACCUGUUCUACCCGUAUCCCAUCUGCACGGAGACGGCAGACCGAGAGCUGCUACCCACAGUGUUCCACGAGGUGUCGGUUUACCCCAAGAAGGAGCUGCCCUUCUUCAUCCUGUUCACGGCGGGACUCUGCUCCUUCACCGCCAUGCUGGCCCUGCUCACGCACCAGUUCCCCGAGCUCAUGGGGGUGUUCGCUAAAGCUUUCCUCAGCACGCUGUUCGCUCCGCUCAACUUCAUCAUGGAGAAGGUGGAGAGCAUCCUGCCGUCCAGCCUGUGGCACCAGCUGACCCGCAUCUGACCGGACCGGACCCGGACCCGGACCCGGACCCGGGCCGGCACUCGGAGCCGAGCUCCGCUGGGACUUAAACAGCUGGACUGAAACCGGGCCGGCGCCUCUGUGCCAAGCGGACAGCAGCUGAGACGGUGACGUCCAGAACGGGCCUGCCGGUUCUGGUGGCGAGUUUCCGGGCCUCCGGUCCUCUCAAGCUGUUCUUUUGUUGAUCACGUGAUCAUUUAAAAAAGUGAAAAAAGGAAAAAAAAAUUACAAUAAAGGACUUUUUGUGUAUCGCUGCACGUCGGCUUCUUCGCGCCACUUUCAUUUGAGCGGAACCAGAACCUGGAGACGGCCGGGCUGAUGGGACACCGAGGCCCGGGAUGGUGAGGGUUAACAGGUCAACGGGUUGCCAUGGAGAUGGUCACAGAGAGGUCUGAAGGAGUUAAAUCAGCCGCCGGUCCGUUUCUAGAUGCUGGUUUAAAGG